CUGACAUCUAUUAGCGGGGCAUUAAUUUUCCGUUGUAUCGAGAUAGGUCUUUCUGACUGAGUGGCUGCGCACACACAGACCUUUAAUAAAUGGCUUGAAUUAGAGCGUUUUUUCACUUGCUCAUCAACGCUCCUUUGUCGCCGCUCUGCUUAUAUCAGCAAAAAGGCAGCACCGCGCUCUCAUUUUUGCCGUGCAUCCCUCACUGCUAUCAUUCUCUUGAGUUUGCUGCCACGGAUGUCUCUCGUCAACAUUACUCCAUCAAUUUACGCUUUUAUUUCCUUUUUUCCCAGUACUUGCAGACCAUGUAAGUCUAAAUGGAUAAGCAACUUUUUUUUUUUGUAACUUAGUCUUGAGUUUUUUGUCUCUCGAGGGCAGUGACGUUUUCCGUUUAUAGUCUGCGAUGAGAAACCUUUAAUGGCUGCGCGAGACAGUGCCAAAAUUAUAACUUGGCAUAAAUUUUCUUGUGAACUGCUCUCUGACUCCAUAUUAUUCACGCGAAUUAUUAUUAUUAUUAUUAUUAACUUUUUUCUUAGCGUUCAUCAUCAUCAUCCCCAUCACCAUCCAUGUAAAGCAGCUGUUGAACACUAAACAAAUUCCUGUGUCUUCUCCCCAACAGACUGUGCUACAGGAGUGGUCCAAGGCGCUUCACGAGGCCACCGAGGGACUCAUCUACCUCAGGUCGGCCACUAUAGUCCUCCCCUCCGAAUUGUCUGGCCGCUCGUGUACCCCACCCAAGUCCCCAGACCCACCGCCGCCCCCUACCCAGGCACCACACAUCUUGGUGGCGCCACCCCACCAAGUAUUCGGGGAGUCGCCCUGGACCCAGCAAAGUGAAGGCUGUGGCCGGAAGGGGGAUUUUAUCCAGCUAGGAGUCGGGUUUCUGGAAUCCGCAAAUACUUCAGCCCAUCACGCCACUCGGGCCGCCGGUGUGCUCUUGGGGGAGUGGGGCAAGUAUCGCUGGGGCUUAUUCUCUGAGACGGGUUACCCAGGUGACCAACUCUAUCUCCCGUGGUACCGUCAGGGCCUGCGUUGGACGGCCACUGUAUGUACUGACGUGAGGGGAGGGCUGCCCACCUGCCUCCCAGACCAUCCCCACCAUUGCAGCGGCCCCAUCAUGGCUCAUAAGAACGCCACCUCCUCGCUGCUCUCUCUUCCGCAUCUGCCGCAGGUGACCAAAUUCUGCAACAGCCGAAACCACAACCACGAGGCUCCGACGAAGCAGAACGCGCUGUGUGACGGACGCUCUGCCUGGGAGGUGAUGAGAGAACACAAGGACUUCAGAGACAGCGACCGGAGUCCCAGCCCCGCCCCGCCUCCGCCGCCGCAGCUUCACUUCAUCUCGCAGCCAACACAGAGGUUCGUCCUGCUGGUGGAGGACACUGCCGUCAUGAACGUUCAGCGUCGGUGGGAGUUCGUGCGUAAGGCGGUGCGUCGCGUGGUGGUGUACGACCUGCCCAACGGUGCCGAGGUGGCGGUGGUGGUCUUCAACUCCAAGGAUAAAGCAGCAGCACCACUCUCAACUGUAUUGGAAUCAACGACCUCAGACCUGCGGGAGCGUGUAGGGUCGUCACUACCCAGAAACCCGUCAAAAGUGAGGGAAAGUCAAGCCUGCAUCGCCUGCGGUAUCAAAGGAGCCGUGAAGGUUCUGAAAGAAGGAAAUGCUUCGCCGCAGGCUGCCAACAUCGUGCUUGUAACAAGCGGCGGGGACGGGCGGGAGAGUCAGGUGGAGCCGGUGCGGCACCUUGUGAACAAGUACGGCCUGAGGCUGCAGCUAGUCCUUUACCCCCUGGCGGAGCGGCCCGGCCUACCCGCCCCACCGCACGCCCUCGUCCCUGUCGCCAGGGAGUCAGGGGGCCGCGUCUUCACCGUGAUGGACGAGGGCGUCGGAAUUGACUCCAAGGUGAGCAUGCUGGUGUCCCUGAUGGAGGCUCUCACCGCCGCCGUGGCUGCCGGAGGAGCCGUCACGCCCGUGCUUAUCCAUAGCGCCACAUACCAGGGCGGCAUCGCCUCGCUCAGCACCGGAACCUUCUCCCUCGACGACUCUCUUGCCGCCAAUGCCCGCUUUGCUGUUUAUUACUAUGACCUGAACCACGUGGGCAACACUAUCCACCUCACCUCGCCCUCCGGUGCCACCUUCGCCUCGGUCAACAUGCAGGAGGAGGACGGUGAUGUCAACAUGAUAUUCGUCAACCUUCACAACGCUGAGCGGGGCGUGUGGCGCUACAAGGUGGAGAACCGCGCCGACUCCCACCAGGCGCUGCACAUCCAGGUGACGUCACUGCCCAGUGCCAGCAGCGACGUGCUGGUGAGAGUGUGGACCAAUCAGGACUCCCAGACCAUUAUCGACCUCGACGACCACCGACCCAUCAUCAUUUAUGGAGAAGUUAAGCUUGCCGGCGCGGCGGUGAUGGACGCUGCUGUGAUGGCGAAGCUGCAGCGCCUCGGCACCAACGCGACGGGCGGCACCUACCCGGAGAUCCACGUGCCACUGCUGGACCUGGGCACCGGCGACCCUGACAUUACUCGUGGGGACGGUGUGUACUCCCGCUACGCUCCCCCGCUGGACGGCCCCGCUCGCUACGCUGUCGAACUGUCUGUUGAUGCUGGGAGAGCCGUGCUUGCCCUGGCCCAGACCCACACCAGGGACCACGACGUGCGCCACCACCGACACGCCUACACCAAAGAGCUCGCCUUUGGGACGUACGACGAAGAAGUGUUGUGCUGUGGAAGCGUCGUGCCAUACGCCCACACCCGCGAGUCGCCGCCUUUCACCCGUCAGGUGACGGGGCCGACGCUGGACAUACGCCAGGAACAUGUGCUCAACCGAGACUUAAUCAAGCCGGCCAAAAUCAUGGACCUGGUGACCUGGGUGAAUCACUCGAGCGGCCGCGUGGUGCUGGAGUGGACGGCCGUGGGUGACGACAGAGACUGGGGCCGCGCCAGGUCCUAUGAGGGUUUCGUGGCGCCCAGCAAGUCCCAGGCAGCCACGAAGUGUACUGGGGAGAAAAUCCGCGGGCUGCCCACCCCGGCAGCAGCCACCCACAAGGAGAAAGUUGCCGUGGCCCUCAUCGUGCACGAGAAGAAGGUGCUGUGGGUGUGCAUGCGGGCAGUGGACAGGCUGGGAAACAAAGGCCCACCGAGCAACCCCGCCGCCCUGUGGCUGCCUCGUCCACCCUCCACUGACCAGGUCACCAUCAGGGCGCGAGGACCAGGUCUAGGCGGCUACGGCUCGGACGCCGGCAUGGUGGGAAGCGAGAAGGCAGCCGUGAUCAGUGGCUGUGUGGGCGGGCUUCUCUUGGUAGUGUUUCUUGUGGCCACGUACUGCUUCUGUCUGCCCUCCAGUCUUAAACGACGACUGAACAGACGCCGUCAGGCGCCGGAGGACGCUGAAAAAGCCGCCACCAGCAUGGUCAAUGGCGGAAGCGUUGUGGUGAAGUCGACAUCCCGCGGCAGUGUUCUAGUGAAUCCAGAUCCCGAGCCUUCCCACAAGGACACGACUGACCUGACGGGGACGCCUCCAGAAAAAAGAAAUCUCCCGAGCAGGUCUCCUGAGCCACAACUUCUUUGCGAAUCGAUGCGAAUUGAGCAAGUGUCUCCAUCUUCCCCCUCUCGACAAAAUGGAGAUGGAGAGGACCUCCAAGGAAUCAGAGGGCUGUCCAUGUCCAUUCCUGAUGUGACCAAGGUGGAACGAACCUCCCGGAUGGUAGACGACAAGCCCAGUCUCCCACAAGUCCCCGCCCCACAGUUCUAUACUCUUGGUCGUCAUACUCGUGCCACCAACCGAAGUCCUCUCCGCGGCCCCAAUGGCCACAUCUACGACCCCAGCGAACUGAGUCCCUACGAGCAGCAGCAGCAGCAGCAGCAGCAACAGCAGCAUAUUAGGUACUCGGUGGGCGCUACGCAGUACUUCGGCGUCGUCCGUCCACAUCAAAAGUCGGCGUCGCAAGAAACCUAUAGCGACGACGAUGCUCACUUCUCUGACCAGCUGUUGUGUGACGACCGGGGCGCUUCGCCACCACCCCCGGCCCCUGCUGACCACACGCACACAUACAACAUGCACAGGCACUCUGCUGCUCUGUUAUAGGAUGUCUUUCUGUGAAAUAUUUCCCAAUCACCAUACACUAAGACUGGAGGUGCUCAGUGUUAAGAAUUGGACGAUUUGUGUACACAUUUGGUGGAAGAUACACUUAAAAAAGCUUUGUUGGUGACGUCACUGCAAUAGACUUAUUAGGUGUGGAAUCUUUCAAUGCUGAAGUGUUUUAAUUCGGUAUAUGUGUAUCAUGACACCAGAGGCGAGGAACCACUUACGGUAGACAUUUGUCAUGUCAUAAGAAAAUGUCCUUCGUCAGUUGAUUCGCCAAGUGUACGUUACAAUGAGAUGCUGUGGAUGCGCUGAAGUGAUAUUUGCUCAAGCUGGCGGAGGCUGCCGCUCAGUCACCUGUGCAAGUGGGCUAUUCAUCCCUAACGUAUAGAUAUAUAAUUUUGGUGAAGAUCAUGAUUUAACAGUUUUUUUGUGGCAAAUUUUUAGUGAUAUAUUAUUGUAUUAAAUUCUUAUCCGAAAUUAGUGUCACCUAAAUAACAAUCUUGUCGAUAUUAUUUGCUGGUACUUUUUGUUCAUUAUUUUCUAUAGUUCUACCAUUAGACGGCGAAAAACAUUUGUUAUAUUAUUUUUAAUUAGCGUAAGUCAGCCCGAUAUCCACUAGCAUCCUCUAUACUUUCUCCUCCUUGCUUCUUGUCUCAGUUUUCCUUUUCCGCUCCGCCAACAACUUUAAAUUUAGUCCAUCAACACAUGGUUUACUUGAUUGUUACUUAGAAGUGGAUUCUACUGUUGAGUUACUUGCUGAUACACUUAUAUUAUCAGUCAAAAAAAUUUGCGACAAGAAUGUUUUGUACACUCUUAUUGCGGAUGGUAAUAUCACUGCACAUCAUCUUCCACUUCCCCAAACCUUCAUCUUGGCACUGGUUAAGUGAUAAAUGUUCAAAGGAAAAGUAGCAUGAAAUGAAAAGAAAUGUGUUUCUUGCAGAGGUGGAAGAAGAUAAUGCAAGAAUGGUUUAGCUGUGGAGAAGCUGAUACAUGUGCAGGUGUAUAUAAUAAUGAGGGUAAAGCAAAGGCUGAGGGUGGCCCAGUAUAAAAUGUAUGUAUAAUUAAGCUUAUAUUACCGGGCGAUGAUGUACCACUACUGUUAGUAGAGGCCGGUAUGUGGCCUCACGGCAGUCCACUCCCACAAUCACCGUCAUCCAGGAAGGCAGGAAAGGAAACCUAAGAUUUAUAUUAAAUUGCUAAGAACAGUUAAGAAGUGGUUUCUUGAGCAUCUCAUGAUACUCUGCACAAAGUAUAUUCCUAUAACAGUUAUGCGGACAUAUCAGUGUUAUACAUACAUAUCAGUAACCUUAGCUGUUCAGUGUAGCAUAUAUUUCCGUUGACUGUGUCAUUGUCGUCUUAGUUGUAAUUGUUUACGUUGAGCAUCACUGCAGACAGAGGCGGGGGUCCGCUGGCCAGGUGGCGUGGCCCGCGGCAGGUCAGGGCACGGGGAUGAUCUUGGUAGUAUUUAUUGUACUUGUAGUUUAAUGAAAGAUCUUUUUACACUCGAAUUUGUACACCUGUGAUGUAGAUUAUUCGGUGUUGUGCCGGCCCGCAGGGGUGCCUAGUGGCGCUGUCUGCCGGACGUCGGGUGUGGCGUAGUUUUAAGGACUCACUCCUGCAGUGGAUACAUUCAAAAGUCUCAUAUAUUAUUGAGAUGGAACCUAGUUCAUUACUGACCUUUUCCUUUGACUGUGGC